CCAAUGGACGAUUCCGCAAAAUUCUCUUGUUUACUGUUUUCCACUAAGUUAGAAUGCUGUUUCACUGAAUUAAUCGCAAUUUCUCUCUUCUGUGCACUCGCAUCGUGUCUGGGAGAGCAGCGCUGGUUCUCUUGGCGUUCGCCGGAUCCAUCGGCAUGACACUCGUGAUCCUGGCCUGCGCUCUGCCUCAGUACCAGCUCUGGUGGCCGCUGUUCGUCAUCCUGUUCUAUGUCCUGUCGCCGCUGCCCACGAUCGUGGCCAAGCGCUAUGCGCAGCAGUCGCAAUCGACGUCCUGCGUCGAGUUGUCCGUGUUCCUCACGAUGGGCCUCAUCGUGAGCUGCUUCGCCCUGCCCAUCGUGCUCACGCGCACGGAAACCAUCAAGGCCGGCGCGUGCUACUUGACGCUGUGCGGAAACGUUGUGGUUUACGUGACGCUGCUGGGAUACUUUCUGCUCUUCGACAACGACGACAGCGAUUACGGGCUCUGGUAGACCCUCAGAGGCUGUCCGCCGUCCCUUUCCACUGAUAAACUCACACGAUUCUUUCUUACAGAUUACACUCACAUUCAUCCACAUUAUUUAUACAAAUAAACCGCGAGAUAACAGAGAUUUGAGGCCUUUUAUCGCGUCUGCAGGCGGAUUUCGGGGGUUUCGCAACACCUCGCAUUCCUCUCUUAAACACAUCUUAUUUUGUAUAUUCCAUCGGCAUUUCUGCUUUAGGCAAAUAAAACAACGAAAUUUAGGGACUUAUUUCGAAUCUUUAC